UCUCUCUCUCUCUCUCCUCCACACCCUCUUCUGCUCUUUCCCCUCUCCUUCUCCCUCCUCUCUUCUUAUGGAUCUGGUUUCUUCAAGGGAGCAUCUCUGCUACGUUCGCUGUGCUUACUGCAACACUGUUCUUGCGCUGCAGGUUGGAGUUCCAUGCAAGAGGUUGAUGGAUACUGUUACUGUGAAGUGUGGGCACUGCAAUCAUCUCUCUUUCCUAAACCCUAGGCGUUUGCUUCAAGCUCAUUACUCUGAUCACCAGUUGGGAUUUCAGGAUCCAUGUAAUGAUUGUAGGAAGGGACAGCUUUCAGCAGCAUCUUCAUCAAGCUCUAUGGAGCAAGCACCAAAAGCACCUUUUGUUGUCAAACGGAGGAGAUACAACGAAUUAAAGCAGCAAAGCCUGACAUCCCCCACAGAGAAGCUUUCAGCACAGCAGCAAAGAACUGGGCUAAAUGUGAUCCUCGUGGUGUAAACACUGUCAACCCAACCUCUGAAAACAAUGAAGCCAUGAAAUCAAUCAUGUUUCAACAUGAAAGAGGCAAUGGAUAUGCAGUGGAAGCCUUUGACGUUUUCAAACAAAUGGAUCGCCAGAACUAAAUUGUUUUAACGAGCAGCUUAUGUUGUUUUUCUGCUUCAUUUUCAAAACAUAUAGCCUUUCUAUAAUUCCUAAUUACAUGUUGUGAUGCUUUGCUUGAAGAAGAAACUGUCAACUUUUAUGUUAAUUUCUACCGUAU